AUAAUAAGUGGGCAACCCGCACCCAUUAAUUGGGUUGUUGGACCACCCACAUUUAUAAUGGUGCAACUCUCCCCACUAUAAGAUAACCCUAGCAAAAACCCACCCAAAAUCCCUACAUAUAAUCUGGUAACUAUUCUAACCCCUAAAUAGGUGGGGCCCACGACGUGUCACCAUCCUACGGCCCCCCUUGAGCUCACCAGCACGAAUGACCGUCGAUUCUUGUUCCCCCACACUAUAUAGGUUUUCUUGGGGGGUCCCUCUUUUGCUCCCAUCACCCGUUAGAUAAAAGUGGGUCCAAAUUUUUCUCCUCCAAGAAAAUUAUACACAUGGCCUCAAUUCUCCCCCAACACCGCCACCACCACCCCACGCACCACCAAAAUCUUGAACCCCGAGAAGACGAUGUCUCCUCCGCCGACCCUCUCCUCCCCAAUGAAUACACAAUCGCGGCUGUUGACGCGGUCGAAACUGACCCAUCACCGCCGCCGCCGCCCUCUGAUGGUGCGCCCCUUUUGAAGGAGGAGCCGUCGGAUAUGGAGGGGUCCGUUCAGGAUGGAGUGAGCCGGGCUCCGGAGACAGCGCUGGUGGCGGCGCCUCCCCCGAAGAGGUCGAGCAAGGACCGGCACACGAAGGUGGAAGGGCGCGGCCGGAGAAUCCGGAUGCCGGCGGCGUGCGCGGCUCGUAUAUUCCAACUGACGCGGGAGCUCGGCCACAAGUCCGAUGGCGAGACCAUUCGCUGGCUACUAGAGAGGGCUGAGCCAGCCAUCAUCGAGGCCACCGGCACCGGCACCGUACCCGCCAUCGCUGUCUCCGUGAACGGUACGCUGAAAAUCCCGACAACUCCUACUUCCGCCACCGCCUCCGCUCCUGAAACUCCUAGAAAGCGGAGAAAAAGGGCUUCCAACAGCGAGUUCUAUGAGGUUAAUGAUGCUUCCAGUUUUGCCCCCGUCGCACCCAUUGCACCUCAAGGGCUAGUCCCGGUAUUUCCUAGCGGGACAUUUUUCAUGAUCCCUCCUACUGGUGGAGGCGCCGCGGGCCCGUCGAGUCAGCCUCAGUUCUGGGCCAUACCCGCCACAGCAACACCAGUUUUCAACGUCGCCGGGCGACCGAUAUCUAAUUUCGUGAGUUUCGGGGGUGGGAACGGCGGCGUGUCGGAGAGUGAAGUGGGGACGAACAGCAAUAGUGGGAGCGGCGAAAAGAAAGGGUCGAGGACGAUGGGAGGAGCAGCAAGCAGUUCAAGUUCAUCGAUGAGCACAAGCACAAGCGCAACACAAAUGCUGAGGGACUUCUCCUUGGAGAUUUACGACAAGAGGGAGCUUCAGUUUAUGGUGGGUUCUGCUUCAGGGAAUAACAAUCAAACCCCAUCGCCUAAAUCCUGAAGAAAAGAAUGGGGGGCUGAGAGAGAGAGAGAUUAGGGUUUUAGGGAAUUCCUGAGUUGUGAUUGUGAAACAGAGAACCCACCCUUUUUUUUUCUGUUUUCAUCCUUUUCUGCUUCUUCUUCCAACUACUUUUAGUUAGCCUGUUUACGACUCCCUCCCUCCUCCACCUAUGCUUCUGUAAAUAACUUCAUUUUUCUGUUUC